AUGCUCAGUGAGGCCAACAGCGCCGUGUGCGAACGGCAGAGCUGCGCGCGGGCUGCGACCUCCAGAGUGCGUUGCCGGAGCGACCGGACGCGUGCGUGCGGGGCGGGACUUCCACAGGCCCCGCCCAGCGCCCCUCCGCCCGUCUUCCCGCGGACCAGAGCGCAGUCACUUACUUCCUCAACAAUCGUUCAUAACGCGCUGAUAAUAGCAGGUUGGACCCUGACUGACCCUGGCAGAGACCUCCAGGGUAAAAUGACAGUCUUAUUCACCAAGCCCAUUGCGCUGCUGGUAGCAGAUGAGACAUGUGACCCUGGCCUUUGGCUGAGCUCCAGUGACGCCACCUGCUCCCUUGCCCCUCCAGCUGACAGUAAUCAAGAUGAUUACCAACUGGUUCGAAAACUUGGUCGGGGAAAGUAUAGUGAAGUAUUUGAGGCCAUUAACAUCACCAACAAUGAGAGAGUGGUUGUAAAAAUUCUCAAGCCAGUGAAGAAAAAGAAGAUAAAACGAGAGGUUAAGAUUCUGGAGAAUCUUCGUGGUGGAACAAAUAUCAUUAAGCUGAUUGACACUGUGAAGGACCCUGUGUCAAAGACGCCGGCUUUGGUAUUUGAAUAUAUCAAUAAUACAGAUUUUAAGCAACUAUACCAGAUCCUGACAGACUUUGAUAUCCGGUUUUAUAUGUAUGAGCUGCUUAAGGCUCUGGAUUACUGCCACAGCAAGGGAAUCAUGCACAGGGAUGUGAAACCUCACAAUGUCAUGAUAGAUCAUCAACAGAAAAAGCUGCGACUGAUAGACUGGGGCCUGGCAGAGUUCUACCACCCUGCUCAGGAGUACAACGUCCGUGUAGCCUCGAGGUACUUCAAGGGCCCGGAGCUCCUCGUGGACUAUCAGAUGUAUGAUUACAGCUUGGACAUGUGGAGUUUGGGCUGUAUGUUAGCAAGCAUGAUCUUUCGAAAGGAGCCCUUCUUCCAUGGACAGGACAACUACGACCAGCUUGUUCGCAUUGCCAAGGUUCUGGGUACAGAUGAGCUGUAUGGCUAUCUGAAGAAGUAUCACAUAGACCUAGAUCCGCACUUCAACGAUAUCCUGGGACAACAUUCACGGAAACGCUGGGAAAACUUUAUCCAUAGUGAGAACAGACAUCUCGUCAGCCCCGAGGCCCUAGAUCUUCUGGACAAACUUCUGCGAUAUGACCAUCAGCAGAGACUGACUGCCAAAGAGGCCAUGGAGCACCCGUACUUCUACCCUGUGGUGAAGGAGCAGUCCCAACCUUGUGCAGACAACGCUGUGCUUUCCAGUGGCCUCACGGCAGCCCGGUGAAGUCUGGAAGGCGACGGGUAAUGCGGCAUUGAUGCUUGCCAAUAAAAUCAACCAACCAAACACAAAUCUUGAAGGAAACUACAAUGUGAUAAAAAGAAGUUCUAGUCAUUCCUUCUAAAUGCAAAGAAGAGUAAAGACCUAAAUGUCAAAAAGAAAGAAAGAAAUUCCCCAGUACUAGUUACUACAGGGAGCCGCCAUUCUGGCAGUGUGACGAUGCACAUAGUUCAGGAUCUGAGGGAACACUCCCUUUGGAAUGCAUGGGAGAUGAGAGACUCGGAGUUGUUGUGCAUUUGCGUUUAUUUAACAGGAGACCGCUGUUGAAUUAACCUGUUCAGUCAACAAGCUCUGAAUAUCUGACUUCCUAUCUAUUCCACUGUGGUCUGGGUUUCCUUUGGUGAGAUUCAGGCUCAAGUUUUAGCAAAAUGUCAGCAGUCUAUACUGACACACCAGCCUCAUUUACGAAAAGGAGAUAUUAAAACAGUGACAGUA